UGUGAAUGUCGUCUUUGGUUUAUUAUUCUGUUAAAAACAUUUUUUGCCCUGAAAGUACCCUACAUUAUGAGCCUCAUAUAUCAAGCCCAGCAAACAAUAAACAGAACCAUACGUUUACACAGGAAAAUGUCCAGACAUAUGCAUAACUCCUUUAUCAUAUCUGUACAUCUGUAUGCAAUGCCUCACUGAAAACACAGCAGCUCAGUAAAUAUGAAGUUCAUGGCCAAAUCAAAUGAACAAAUAUUGGUUUUCAACUGAGAGAACCAUGUAAUGGGGAUCCUGGAAAAGCUAUGAUAAAGCCAUUAAACAAUUGUGCUUACCCUUUACUGAACUGAUUAAAACAACAGAAAACAUUGAUCAUUACUUUUAAAUUAAAUUCAGCUACAGCCAUGUGUCUCUUACGAAGUUAUAAUGAGCGAGGGGUCUCUUAAGGUGGUUAGAAAGCAUGUUGUAACUUGUAAGUGACUUAGGGAUACACAUAAUAAUGUUUUGUGCAUAACAGUAUGGGAAGAUACCAGAGAAGGCAGUUAGAUAUUGAACAGAGUGCAGUGGUAGCUUAGUUAAGACUAGUUGAGUCAGCCAUCCAUUAUCUAAACCACUUAGUCCUGGCCAGGAUCUCUCUCUACUUAUGUGAACCUGCAUUUCUGUGAGAGGGAACCAAACUACACAGAUGUGAACAUGCAAGCUCCACACAAAAAGGCCCCAGCUGGGAAUCAAAAUUGGGAUCCUUCUUGUCCUGUUGCCCCCAGUCAAUUCAAGUAGUCUCAAAGACCAAACAAUGGUGGGGGCAUGUUUCCAUGUUUCCAAAAUUCGCAUUAUUCAUUUAACUCUAACAGAGUAUAUUUGCAUCCAAUACAUUUUAGUCAUUUGGCGGACACUUUUAAUCGAAAACGAUUUACAAGGGCAUAGGUUCUUCCACAAAAAAAACCGGAGUUAGACCAUAUGAACUCUAAGAUUUAACACUGGUUGUUUUACUGCGUCAGAACCUUAAACACUGGGCAACCGAAAUAGGGCUAUGAAUGGUUUAUGAAUCAAAAGCAUAUGCCGACAGCAAAACCAAAAACUAAGGUGGGACAGACAGCCACUUAUGCAUCCAUUUCCACAACCACCUGCGAAAAGAUGGCACCUAUUUGAAAAGUCAACUGGGGCACCGCUAUUUUCUGGAACUGCAGUCGUCAUAGCGAAGAGAAAAGCGAGUUUCGAACGAGCAUCCCUGCCGGCUUAUCCGCCCGCCACACCAGACCGCGCGCGCGCACACGCGUACACAGGACCUCAAUACCGGCGGAGAGUGGCACACAGGCACCAUUCAGCGCCACUGCUCUCAAAACCACAGCAACAACAACAGCAUCACAACCACUCACACUGCAGCAAAAGCCAAACUAGACUUGAAUACACUGUGGUAUGACACGCAGAUAAUUGGAUCAAUGUAAAAAAUAUAUAUCCAUUUUUUUCAGUUCAUGCAAAGGGACGGCAAAGGACUACACUUAAGAAUUUUUUUUUAUUGCACGGAAAUUUAAAACAGAAAAUUGUAAGUGGUACCCUGGGACAGCUGGUAUAGUUUCUAAGGAACACAUCCUAAAGAAAACCAGUUUCUCCUCCAGAACGGAGCACCCAUCAACCGAUUUACUGCACCAGAUAUCGACUAAGCACCACCCUGAGCAGCCCCAACCACAGUCGCAGACAUGGAAGAGAUGGACCUGCCCCAGAUGAAGAAGGAGGUGGAAAGCCUCAAAUACCAGCUGGCCUUCAAAAGGGAGAAGUCCUCCAAAACAGUCACUGACCUGGUGAAAUGGAUCGAGGACGGGGUGCCCGAGGACCCCUUCCUGAACCCCGAGCUGAUGAAGAACAACCCCUGGGUGGAGAAGGGCAAGUGUGCCAUCCUUUAACAGACCGGCCCUGUGAGAGCAGCACCACCCCUCCCUCCCCCUCCCCCCCCACCCCCACCCCCGGUCCAACACUGUGCUGCAGGCCCAUCGCAGGACAGCGCCCCCUUCUCUCACUGCGAAUGUACAACAUCCGGCAUCGACAUGAAACACCAAGAAAAAACACGCCGACUCAUAAUCAUUGUAUAGCCAUUGCAAGAAUUGGAAAACGAGACUCCUUUUAUGAUAUACUUAUGUCUAUAUAUGCAGAUCAUAGUUUUAUCCUCGAUUCUACUUUGUCGUUGUCGCUGCUGCUUGCGCAUUUUAAAAUUUAUAGCGGCAACUCCACACUGCCAGUGAUGGGUGUUUGUUUCCCCGCAGCCAGACGCACGUGACGUGAUGACAUAUAGCAUACUCACUGAAACACGGAUUUGUGUGCAAGUAUCAACCCAUUUUACGUUUUAGAAUCAUCUUCUUUAUUUAUUUAUUUAUUUAUUUAUAGACUGAUGCACCACUUGAGUCCUUUGGGCUCUGUCAGAUUUCAAUGUUGCUGUAAAACAUUCUGUUUGGACCUGCACUCUGUUCCUCAUUUGGAAAGAAGUUAACUCAUUUUUUUGCCAUUUCACCAUCAAAUACUGCCUUGUACACUGGUUCCUUAAAGAGAAUGUAUAUGUACUGCUGGUGGUUAGACAGCUGUUAGCAAGCUCUGCACUGUCUUGUGUGUGUGGGGUAGUGACAGUAGUUGUACACCGGCUAAAUCUAUGGCCGAGAUGUUCAACAGCACAACCUGUCCACUACUGACACUUCAGAAGAAAGGCAAGAAUAUGGUUUUAACUCUUGUUUGUUUUAUAUAUAGAUAUAAAACGGUCUAUCUAGCUAUGUAUAACUUGAUAACUUGUAAGAGUGCUUUGAGAAAUUAUGCAUAAGAUAACAAGUACUAGUUCAAUGAUGAUGAGCAAUAAAUGACAAUUUUUUAUUGAAUGUUUUACAAAAAUGUUUGUCAUAUUGAAUAAAGUAGAGGAUUUUUAGACA